AUGGGGAAGACACGUGGUAUGGGAGCUGCCCGCAAGCUGAAGAACCACCGCAGGAGGCAAAGGUGGGUUGACAAGUCGUACAAGAAGUCUCAUCUUGGAAACGAGUGGAAGAAGCCAUUUGCUGGAUCUUCCCAUGCUAAAGGCAUUGUUCUUGAGAAAAUUGGUAUUGAAGCUAAGCAACCUAACUCUGCCAUUAGAAAGUGUGCUCGAGUCCAGCUUAUUAAGAAUGGAAAGAAGAUUGCUGCUUUUGUGCCAAAUGAUGGUUGCCCGAACUACAUUGAAGAGAAUAUUGCUGGGUUCAAGAGCCACUUCUAUUUGAUGGUUGCUUUGUUACUAUCUUAG